GCGGGACUAGAAGUCGACCUUAUUGGCUACGCAGGGUCGCAGGUGCACCCCUCAGUGGCGGAGCAUCCGCGCAUUCACCUGCGCCUGCUGGGCAUGUCCUUCCCCAGCGGCCUCUCGCGCCCGCUCUACCUGCUGCUGCUGCCCAUCAAGCUCAUCGCCCAAGUGCUCUGCUUCCUCUGGGUGCUCUGCAUCGCCACGCCGCCUCCCGACUUCUACCUUCUACAGAACCCACCCACCAUCCCGACCUUCACAGUGGUGCGCUUCGCUGGGCUGGUGCGGCGAGCCUCCUUCGUGAUAGACUGGCACAAUUUCGGAUUCACUCUCUUUGGUCUCCGAUUCGGCCCCGCACACCCCCUCGUGAAGAUCCACAAGUGGUAUGAGACCACCAUCGCACGCCAGGCAGCGGCGCACAUAUGUGUGACUCGAGCCAUGCAGCAGGAGCUGGCGAACAACUGGGAUAUACGAGCCACUGUGCUGUACGACCGCCCUCCUGCCUUCUUCCGACCCAGCUCCCUUGAGGAGAUGAGAGUGGUUCUGGGCCGCAUCGACCAAUCACUGCUCGACAGCUGUUUCUCCCCACCUGCACCAGGAACCACACAGUGGACUCUCAGACCGGACCGCCCUGCCCUUGUUGUCAGCAGCUCCAGCUGGACUGCGGACGAGGACUUUGAUGUGCUGCUAGAGGCAGCGCUCAUGUAUGACAGGCGCGUGGCUGCUAUGGCAGGAGAAGGGGAGUUUGGAGGAGAGGGAGGAGCAAGUGCAGUGCAGCACCCAAACCUGGUCUCUCUUCCCUCUCUUCUACUCUCUGGUGCCACUGUUCCCUCUCUCUUCUCUCUCUUCCCUUUCACUUCUUCUCCCCUCUGUUCUCUCUCUUCCCUCUCUCCUCGCACUCUUCCCAUCUCCCGUCUCUCUCUUCCCUCAUCCAUCUCUCUCUUCCCUCCUCUAGGCAAGGGAGCCCUCCGAUCGCACUACGAGGCCAAGAUGCGACGGCUGAGAUUGCGCCACGUGUCCUUCCGAACCGCGUGGCUUGCUCCGGAGGACUACCCGAGGCUGCUAGGCUUGGCAGACCUGGGCGUGUCUCUCCAUACCUCGUCCUCAGGCUUGGAUCUGCCGAUGAAAGUGGUGGACAUGUUUGGGUGCGGCCUUCCCGUGUGCGCCAUCUCCUAUUCCUGCAUCCACGAGCUAGUAAAGGACGGCACCAACGGCCUGCUCUUCUCAGACUCCUCAGAGCUCGCCUCGCAACUCGUCGACAUCUUCUGCGGCUUCCCAGAAGGUUCCGUCGCUCUCAAGCCCCACUCUCCCUCCACUACCUAUUCCUCGGCAUUCGCUUCCUCUUCCUCCUCGGCCCCCUUAUCCACACCUCCCACAUCACCCACGUCUCCCUCAUCUGCUCCUUCCUCCGUUACUCUGCUUCAGAAGCUAAGGUCUGGCGCCCUUGCUACAGGGGCUGCUGGUAAGUGGGCGGAUGAAUGGGGUGUGAAUGUGCUUCCUCUGGUGGAGAGAUUAUCUGGGGGUGAUUUACGAGGUGUAAUGAGGUGA